AAAAAGAAACCAAGCAACCAACGUCACUUUAUAUUUCUAUAAGCAAAAGCCUUGUUUCUGGUCUCACUGUUCAUUUGUUUUGAUUACAAGAAAAUACAUUAGUUGUUUUUGUCUAAACAACAACGCUCCCCUAGUGCUGCACCGACCAUGGCUUGUAGCCUGAAGAAUUUCAUCCAUUCCUUAGAUCUGAAAUCUCUUCCCAGGAUUCUCCAAAUCCAGUCUGGCUAUUAUGAUGAAGAUUCUGAAAAGCUUGACCACGAACACUGUUUGUCGACUGGGGAUGUGAUCAAAGUUGUUGGAUUAAAAGUUAAAAAAAUCCUUGCCAAUAACUGCGAGAGUGAAGAUGAUAAUGUGUGCCCUGCUACGGUUGAGCUGCCUCUAAAUUUUCCAGGCCUUUUCAGAAUUGUGGCUGAUAAAAAACCAUAUGCUAACGUUGAAGAAAUUGUGAGAACUGUUUUGAUUGGACCAGAAUCGCAGCAACCUUGCUUCUAUUGCUCUCAAGAUAUAGAUGCAGAGACCCUGACCAUCCAACAGGGUGAAAAGAUUAUAUUCAGCUCUGUGGAAGACAGCAGUGGGAUUUUGACUGUAAAUUGUGGAGUGAUCAGGAAUGACCAAAUGCAUGUGUUCGUUUUGCCACUUUCACAAGAAGGUGAUUUUUAUGAAUGGGAAGAUGACCAAACAUAUACCAUAGAAGAGAUUGCUGGAUGGAAAAUCCCAAGGAGCAGAUGUCGGAAUGUGAUAUUUACAGAUAUAUGCAGUGCUGUGGACUCCACCCAUUUGCUGCCUGUGGAUCUUAAUGGUUGCCUCGUUCUAUCACCCAUAUAUGAAAUACAAGCAGUGAUGAAAUUUCAAAAAGAUACUGUUCACUUCUUUUCUGAUUUAGAUGUUGAAGUCAAAGAUGUGACUGCCUCUUACAAUAUUAACAGUUUUCUUCAGCCAUUAUCAGUGGAAGAUAUAUUGGAAAAGGCAUGUGAUGAAUAUCCUGUUGUUGUUGCAGUAAUUGAAGGCUCUGUUGGAAGCAAGCACUCAUAUAAUUUAUUGUGUCCUGGUAGAGAAAUAGUCAUCUAUAAGAAGUGUCAGGCAACAAGAAUCUUAGCAUCUGAGAUCAAGAGCAAUCCCGAUAGGAGACACUUUUUGAUUCCUACCAGCUACAAAGGGAAGUUUAAAAGAAGACCUCGGGAAUUUCCAACUGCUUAUGACCUGGAAAUAGCAAGGAAUAUGAAAGAGAAGCUUCAUGUUACAGCUACCAAAGCUUUCAAGUCUCCUUAUGAAGAAUUGAGUUCUGUUUCUGCUGGAGACCAUUUUCUAAUUCCACAGCGCCAGAUAAGUGAAACUGUUGAACUGGGGGAAAAAGAAGUGGAAUCUGCUUUGUCCUGUGAACAAAUUUUGUUGCUAAAUAAAACCUACAAGAGUGCACGGCUUCCAAUGUGCAUGGAAGGGAGCUUUGUUGAACUUGUUCAUGAUAAGAGACUGUAUGAACUUAUGGAGAUUUGCGAAGAUUUCCACCUUCCAUUUAAUGUUGAAGUUGCCAUGAGGGAUCUUUCUAUCCCAGAAGAUAUUUUGGCUGGUGUACCAUGUCUGCAGCUUGAAGAGAAAAUCAUAGAUUCUUGCCUGCUAAUCAGCAGCUUAAAUGACCCCACAGAAAUCUGGGAGGUUCCUGUGCAUCAUUUAAAUGUGUCCUUCCAGUUUCUGAGAAACCAUGUUGAAGAUAUAGGCUAUCUCCCAAUAAAGUCUAUUGUGGAAGAGGUUACAGAAGAACAGUAUUACAUGAUGAGGAAAUAUGGAAAUCAAGCCACAAAUCCACCACCCAGACCUCCGAAAACCCACACAGUAGAAGAAUCCAAGACAUUGUUUCUCACCAUACCAGCUCAAAGUGUUUGUCAUACACCAAGACCUAGGAAGAUAUGGAAAAUGACAUCUUUUUGAUUCAUUGGUCGACAGGCCUUAGUCCAUGUACCCAUGUGCUUGCCUAUUCAAACUGGCAGUGUCUCCAGGAGAGGUCCAUCAUGGGCCUUCUCCCUUGAAUAAUUUAACUGGAAAUUUCAGGGACUGAACUUGUGAUUUUCUGCAUACAGAACAUGUUGUCUACCACCAUGACCCUUCCCAUAGGGUCAUUCCUCACAUAACUGAUGAUAUGGAAGCAAAUGUGUUUGUCCUGAUAAAGUCAUUAUAUCUAUAUAUUAAAUUAAGUGCUAAACAUCUAGCAGUAUUGUAGCACAGAAGAGCAAAGAGAUCCAGAUUUCCAUUGAUAAACAAUAUGGAAGACACUUAGGGAUGCUAUACCUGCCAAUCCGAUCUCAAAAUGUGACCACUUCAUAAAAGCAUGGUUUUGUGUAGACAAAGUGAUUUUUACACUUGCCUCUGUCAUGUGAAGAAAUGCAUGGAAGGAUGAAAUAGAUCAACUAAAGCUUCAGAGCCACUUGGGAAUUUAUAUAUGAAAUUUCAUAGAAUAUGUGUCAUACUGGGUAAAAUAUAAUUUACUUAAUGGGUGAAUGCAAGAAAAUGUGAAGAGAUUUGCAGAGUCUUUCUUCCUUGGCCACAAAAAUUUGACCACAAUAUGCACCUCACCUUCUCUGUUUGUUCAUUCAGGUGCCGAGGUGUGGUAAAAAUUGUUCAUUUGCAUAGUUCUAGAUAAUUAAAGCCAGUGUUAUGUAGUGGAUAGUGUGUUGCACUGGGGUUCAGGAGACCUGGGUUCAAAUUUAUGCUUGGCCACAGAAAUGCACUCAGGAGUGGCAAUGGUAAACUAGUCCUUGAACAUCUCACAUACGUCAAAAACCCUCUGAGGGUUGCCAUUCAUGGGAAGGGAAUUGAUGGCACAUAACAAUAAUAUAAUGGUUGUGGAGCAAUGGUUUUGUACAUAGAUGUGGUAGCUUCAUCAUCUGUAACUAACCGUCAGUUUUCACAUAGAAAAAAAGUGGCUUUUUAAAAUGCAUUUUAAAUUUAUUUGUAAGACUCUUCAGAAGAACAAGAGAGAAGGGGACAAUUCAUGAAAGGAUAUCAUUUGGCCCUCCAGAUGUUGCUGGACUCCAUUUUGCAUUAUCCCUUACUAUUGGCUAGGGCUCAUGAGAGUCUGAUUUGGAUGGCCACAGCUCCUGCGGGGCCUCGCCAUUUAUUAUAUUUGGUGGCUGGUGGGAGUAACAAUUAAACAACAUCUGGAGGGCUAGAAAUCCUGUACCUCAGAGGAGGAAAAAAAAGUCUUCUACUUGCAGUUCUAGUUGAAGUAGCCGUCCUUGAUAUGCUGGUUUUCUAACUGUGCGGCAUGACUCGACACAUGGGAUCACUAAAUCACUCUGUCUUUUUGGGCAGAAUGUAAAACAGUAUCAACAUCAUUAAUCUGUUAUAUCCAUGUGAAACUUAUAUUGACCUCCUGGUAUGAUUAGCAUACAGUCUUUCAACACAGAUAAUUCAAAACCAUAGCAGGAGUGCAAUGUUUUCCCUGAGUGUAAAUGAAGCAAUUAAAGUAUACUUUGGCACAACAAAAAGAGUUCACUGACAGUGACAUUGUUUUGAAAUUCAGCAUGUUUACCAGUGGGGAAGAUGAGUGUUCCAUAAAUCCCCUUUAUAAUUAUCUACUUCUGUUAGCAUCUGCAUAUUCUAAAGGGUGUCUGCUUUGAGGAAUCAUACAUCAAUUUCAUUAAUAUUCAAGUUUGUUUACAAUCUUCUAAAAAAAGAAACUCUGUGUUUUUUUUUAUCAGUGCUUUAGUAAGAUUGGUACAGAGGUUUGAGGUUUCUUUAGCCAUGUGCCUCAUGCCAUAUCCCAACGUAAUAUUGAUAACAGUCUGCCUUCUGGGCAUUUUUCCAUGUGGUAAUAAAACUACCCUAGCACCAGAUGUUAACAUUCUGCUUUUUCAUGGUUGUAUUUCCUUCCUUGCUGGUUGUAUUUCCUAGCUGGAUAACUCCGUGGCGCCAAGGUUGAGAGUUCAAUUCCCUACUGUGCAUCCUAGAAAAGCCUGGACAAGCUUCACAGUC